ACCAGUUUUUCCAGAUUCAGUAUUACCAGUUUAUUUCCCUGCGAAGAGAUUUCCUAGCCUUUCUCUUAGGGAGAUCUAACCGUUCUUUCAGAAAGGAGAAAUCACGUGGAUACCAAAGGUCAAGGAUUAUCACCGCUAGGCUGGAAGAUCUGCUCUUAGGAAUGUCGAAUUUAUCAUUGAGAAGUAUCUUGGAUACGUGCAAGCUUACUGGACCAAAUUUUCUGGACUGGGAAAGAAAUGUGCGUUUAGUUCUUAGACAAGAAAAUAUUGAGUAUGUGUUAGACACACCGGUACCCAAGAUUCCUGAUGCCAACUCUCCUGAGUUUGCAACGUUUGACCUGCCCGCUCGAGAGAAACACGCCACUGAUGCUAAAACAGUGCAAUGUGUUAUGUUGGCUGCAAUGUCUAUGGAGUUGCAAAGGCAACACGAUAGGAUGAGCGCCUUCGAGAUGCUUGAACACUUGAAAAGUCUGUUUGAUUCAGAAAGUCAGACUCUAGAGUAUGAACUUCUGACAGACAUUUUCAAGUGUAGGCUUCAAGAGGGUGGCAACGUGUCUGAGCACGUCCUCAAAAUGAUUGGCUUAAUUGAAAGGAUUGCUACCACCGGAAUUAAGUUUGAGGAUCGUGUCUCAGCUGCUAUCAUCCUAUAUUCGCUUCCAAGUUCAUUUACUAACUUCAUUGUGAAUUAUAAUUUGAACAAAACGAAAGCGACCAUGCCUGAACUCCAUAACAUGCUCAAGUCUUAUGAAGUCUCAACCUCUAAAGGAAAGACUGUUCUUAUGGUAAGCUCUAAUGCUAAGUCUCGUUCU